AAUUUUGCCGCGCUCUUGCGGCAAACGCUGACGCCAAUAGGAAGCGUGCUGCAGGCAAUAUUUAUUCCUGCGCGCGCCCGUUAGACUCGUCAGGCGUGUGUGAGGCAUUCGGACGCUGCCAUUUGAAGACUUCAACAGCACCUGGCACGGGAGCAUUAUGGCAGGCUGCUGCGACGAUGAGUGCCCUGUGGGCUACGCCACUCCUCUGGAGGCCGCUACCAAGGGGCGUCGCGAGAAGAUUGUCUACGUGCCUUGCAUCGUGCCCUCCAAGGAGAAACCAGACUACCUGGCGGUCGUGUGCGUGGACCACCACUCGCCUGACUUUUGCAAGGUGAUCUACCGGCUGUCGAUGCCGCACAAGGGAGACGAGCUGCACCACAUGAACUGGAACACGUGCAGCAGCUGCUACGGCAAGCCCAACAAGCGGCGCAACCGGCUCAUCCUGCCGUGCCUGAACAGCGACCGCGUCUACGUCGUCGACCUCAGCCACAACAUCAGGAAGCCCACUCUGCUCAAGGUUGUGGAACCUGAAGAGAUGCACGCUCUUGGCCUAGCGACGCCUCACACGCCUCACUGCCUUGCCGAUGGCAACGUCAUGAUCAGCACUAUGGGCAAUCCUGACGGCAGCGCCAAAGGCUGCUUCUUCGUGCUUGACGGCAGCACGCUGACACUUCGCAAUGUGUGCUCGACGCCGUGCAAAUGUGCGGCCUUCGGCUACGACUACUGGUACCAGCCUCGACACAACGUUAUGAUCAGCAGCCAGUGGGGAGCCCCGUCGGCCUUCAAGAAGGGCUUUGACAUGAAAGACGUGGAAGAUGGAAAGUAUGGCACUCACAUUGACGUCUGGGAGUGGCCGGGAGUGGUUCUUCAGAAGAGCCUAGACCUGGGCCCUGAAGGAUUGAUGCCCCUGGAGGUGCGAUUCCUGCAUAAUCCGGAAGCCAGCGAGGGCUACGUCGGCUGCGCUCUGGGAAGCACUGUUUGGAGGUUCUUCAAGGACCAGGAAGGUUCCUGGAGUGUUGAAAAAGUCAUCACGAUCCCAACGAAGAAGGUGAAGGGCUGGGUUCUAGAAGACAUGCCAGCGGUAAUAACGGAUAUACUCAUAUCCCUGGACGACCGCUACCUGUACAUCGUCUGCUGGAUUCACGGGGACAUCCGCCAGUAUGACAUCACGGACACCCGCCACCCGAAACUUGUUGGUCAGGUUUUCGCCGGUGGAUCUAUCUACAGAGGCGGUCCAGUGACUGUACUGAACGACGAGGAACUCAAAGAACAGCCCGAGCGGUGCGUGAUCAAGGGCAAGGCUGUUCGAGGUGCCGCCCAGAUGCUGCAACUCAGCUUGGACGGCAAGAGGCUGUACGCCACAACGUCGCUGUACAGCGCCUGGGACAAGCAGUUCUACCCGGAGCUAUACGAGAAAGGAGCCAUGAUGCUACGCGUGGAUGUGGACAACAAAAAUGGAGGCCUCUGCAUCGACCGCGAGUUCCUGGUCGAUUUUGGCGAAGAGCCCGAAGGACCCGUGUUGGCCCACGAGAUGCGCUUCCCGGGCGGAGACUCCACCUCGGACAUCUGGCUCUGAGGAUGCGGAUGACGCUGGCAAGCGGCCGAAUCCUUCGAUCCAGUCCUUUCGCCUGCGUGACUUCGAUCUGUUUGUUUCGAUUGAAGCUACCGGCGGCACUGCUUAGCUUGGGCAGUUGGAUACGAAAGAGUUGUCGUUGUUUCGAGAAACAACUCGCUUAUAUACAUUCCAAUACUUCCUGGACAUUCGUUCUACAUCUUGGCUAAAACAACCACUGAUGACUCGUAACGCAGAUUCCUUUUAGUAAAGCAAUUCUGUCGUACCUUUCGAAAUGUGGCAAGCUGGCUUUCUCGCAAUGCGCAGUUGUCUCAGAUAUGACGACCAGUACCUUGAUUAUUGGGAACCCGGUGUAUUGUUAGUGUUCUUGUGCUAUGGAUAUAGUUUGGAAACGCAAUUGUAAGCACGUUAUAGCCGCAAAUUCAGCAUCUUGAACAGUGUCCGAGCCGUCAAAAUUUUUGCGAGAACGCUAACUUGCAUCUUUUGAAUGUUUAUUAUUGCUGUUAACAUGAGCGCUGGAGUACUGUUAUAAAAAAAUUUGAGCAUGUUGUACGUUGCGCCGCUUGCGACGUUUUCGUUAUUUCGUUGCUGAAUUUACAAAUUUUGAUUUAAAGUUGCCAAUAAACAAAUUGACGUUGCCGUUUA